CCAAGCAAACCAGCUGAAAUGAAAUGAGAUGAGAUGGAUGGGAGAGGGUUAGCUCCUGAGCCAACUCAACUUGGAUUUCACCUAUCACCUAACUUCAUAUCCUCAUGGAUCCCUACCCCUCCCAUUUCACCUCUAUAAAACCCCCUCCUCCCUCUCAAACCCAACAUUAACCCUUUUCCUUUUUCAUCUUCUUCUUCUGAUUGCUCUCAUUCACUUCCUCCAAGGAAGACCACAAUCACCAAACAGCAUCAAAACAGAGCCCAAGAAAAUGAUCAAGAACAAGAAACAGCUUGUUCACCUCCAACAUUCCUCAUCACUUCUCUUACUGAUGAUCAUGAUGACCCCCCUCUUCACCACAACCUUAGCUCAGUCACCUACAAACAUCACAGCAAUACUAGAGAAGGCUGGGCGGUUCAGCAUCAUGAUCAGGCUACUGAAGAGCACCAAACUUGGAGACCAGCUCAACUCACAACUCAAUAAAUCCUUCCAACUCACCUUCUUUGCCCCACCAGACAAAGCCUUCUCAAGUCUCCCCUCAGGGACCCUUAACUCCUUCACAGAUCAGCAGAAGCUAGCGUUGGUACAGUUUCAUGUGCUCCCUACUUAUGUUUCAAUCUUACAGUUCCAGACACUGACCAACCCUGUUCAGACACAGGCAGGGGACAGCUAUAAUAGCCAGUUUCCAUUAAAUGUCACAACUAAUGGAAUUAGUGUGAACAUGACUACUGGAGUUGUUAAAGCCAGUGUGGUCAGCACGAUUUACACAGAUGGGCAAUUGGCUGUGUAUCAGGUGGAUCAUGUGCUCCUCCCCUUACAAUUUUAUUUUUCGCUUUCGCCGGCUCUGGCUCCAGCUCCAUCUGAGUUGAAGAAGUCCCAUUCGUCUGAUGCCCUUUCAAGUUCUUCCACUGAUGCUCCUGUGAGGAUCACAAGGUUCAUUGGUGUGUCCUUUGCAGUUGCAGUCAUUGCAGUCAUUCCAGCCAUUGCUCUGUGACCCAUAUAAGGCCAAUGCCUUGGUAUGAUCUCUCUAUUGAAUUGGAUUUUAUAAUCAUCUACUGUGAUCAUGAGUGGGUUUUGAAUAAUUUGUGGAUCUUUGUUUCUUCUUGAAUCCUUUGGCAGUUGCAUUUGAAUGUUUAUGCAAUCAUGAAAAGGGUCUGUUGUCAUCAAAUAUUGUUGGGUUGAUCCCUUUUUUAUUUGAGAUUUAUUUUGUUUUU